AUGGCCGCCGAGGAGGAUGUCUACUGCACGGUAUGUUGGAGCGUUGCAGUCCUCGCACAUUCUUUACGAGACGCCGGCACCAACAAGAAGCUCGCCUGCCUGAUCGUGCAAGAUGGACUACGAGCGAGCACCAUCGAGGAACUCCAGUCGCUAUACAACUAUGUCAUUCCUAUCGACCGCAUCGGCAACCCGAACCCCGCCAACCUCUACCUCAUGAACCGCCCCGACCUGCUCUACACCUUCACCAAGAUCGAACUGUGGCGUCAAGUCCAGUUCCGCAAGAUCGUCUACAUCGAUGCCGACGUGGUCGCGCUGCGCGCGCCGGAAGAGCUGUUCGACAUACCCGAAUCGUUUGCCGCUGCCCCAGAUGUUGGUUGGCCAGAUGCAUUCAAUACUGGUGUCAUGGUCAUUUCUCCCCACAUAGGCGACUAUCAUGCACUGAGAGGACUGGCAAACGCUGGAGACAGCUUUGAUGGUGCAGAUCAAGGCCUGCUAAACCAGUACUAUGAGCAUCGCCCAUGGAAGAGAUUGAGCUUCACAUACAACACUACUCCGAGCGCGAACUACCAAUACGAGCCAGCAUAUCGAUACUUCAAGAGGGACAUCAGUUUGGUGCACUUCAUUGGUAGCGACAAGCCGUGGCAGCGUGGACGAUCGAACCACGGUAUGCCCAAUGCCUUUCAAGAGAUGCUGAGCAGAUGGUGGGCAGUCUACGACAGGCACUUUAAGGUCUCGACCGACGAUUAUAUCAACGGGCAGAGGAAUCCGCUCGCGAGCUACGUUCAGGACAGUCAAGCCACCGCGCAGAAACCAAGUGAGAGCUAUUCCUCGACAGGCUAUCCUGUGGCUACUACGCAGCCUGCACCACCACCUCACCAACUCCCGCAGCAUGAUAUACACUAUCAUCAACCGCACCACGAGUCACGCCACCAUGACGAUAUCUCACACCAGCCCUCGCAUGCUGGCCCUGCGCUAAUACAAGUCGCAGAGCAAAGCAGCCAUGGUUAUGUAGCACCUCCUCCUGUCGAACAACGAAGAUUCUCAGCACCGCACAUGGAAUGGGACGCAACACGAGGGGCACCACCCGUUGAGUCUAGGCCUGAAGCUGCCAACUUCCCCACUCAGACCUACGAGUUUAACACCGAUCCAAAGCCAUUUCGACCUCCACCGUCAUAUCCAGAGCCGCCCAAGGAUAUGUGGUACACUGUGCCGGAGAAACCCAAGGUCGAGGAGAGACCCAAGCCCAUCUUUCCGUGGGAAGAGCGUGAAGCGCCUCGUCCAACACGCAAAUUCGUUGAAGACGAGCCGCUUCCACCACCUCCACAACCGUAUCCUGAGCUCGAGCCAUACGCGGACGAAUUGGAAGUUUCUUCCGAUAGCAAGGUCGAGCCACUGACACCUACUAUCAAGAUCAAUGACUCUGAUCCUUGGGCUGCCUUCAAUACCAACAAGAACGCAUGGGACGACGUCAGCGGUAUUGAGGAUUAUGUCCGGGCUCUGACGUCUUUCCAGAAGAAUCGCGGUAAAGUGCAGGUUGUGCAGCAAAACUUCCCUUCGACAGGCGACCAGCACAUCCUCUCCCCAGCAAAUGAGCCGGAUCCUGAUGAUCUUAUUGCGGCAGUCAGCAAGAGGCGAGAAAGCCUGAUCCUGACCGACUUUCCCACAUCUUCAGAACGUCCUUCUCUGCCGGUCACGCCAGCGCCGAGGAGACGGCAGAACUUCUGGGGCGAAGAACGCGAUGAAGCAGGAGAACUGCCACCCGCCGAGGGGGUACCAGAACAAGCGGACUGGGACCCUUCCGCUCAACUUGAAGAACUUCGCCGUAACUCUCUCAUAGGUCCUUCUGAUCUGAAGUUCCCCGAGAAGAGAUUGUCGAAACGCCAGAUGCCUUCGACCGCCGUCCGAAUAACAGAAGGGGCGCUCAACCAUCCACACGUGCCAAUCGUUAACAGCGAUGAGGUAGGCAGUACUGGCAUCGCACCACAUGCUCCGUUCAGUGGAGGAAGCAGCCCACACGGAAUUGAUGGAGCGAAUGAGCAGAGCAACGUGUAUUUCUCUUCCGUGAGCAGAGAGACUGCUGUUAACACAGCGGUCAACUCUAGCGCUACGACCAUCACUGCGUCAGAUAAGCCAGUGUUCUUUGAGCCCGGCUUUGACAAGCCGUCAGCACCGACGGUCCCAGCGGAAACAGUGGUAGCAGACGAGGUCGACAUGAAGAAUGCCACGACCCAAGACGAGGAGGCAGCUGGAAGCUGA